GAGGUGGCACAGGCCUCGGGGUCAGGCUCUGGGGCAAUCCAUGAGAAAGCGGGAACCUCUAAUCCACGCCCUUGUUUUCUCGGUCCCCUCGACAGCUCGAGGCCACGCCCACCCCGCCCUGACAGGCGUCGGGCGGAACUACAGCCCCCAUGAUGCAGCGGGAGUCCCGAGGCUUACGUCACGCGCCUGGGACGCUCCGGCGGUGAGACCGCCGGCUGGAGGCGCCUCGCAGACCCCCUGACCCGCGAGGCGUGGCGAGGUCUGGCGGGCUGAGCUCGGAGCCCGCCCCGCUCCCGCCCCCGCGCACGACUGACCGCGGGCAGCGCGGCGAAGCUGCGGCGCUGGUGACGCGCGCGUCCUCCCUCCUCCGCCUCCCCCCGCCUCUCUCCGGGCGGCGCCGUCUGAUGACGUCGGGGGCGUGAUGGCCGCCGCGAGGCCGGGAAGGUGAAGUCAGAAUCGGUGGAGUCAACACAAUCAGUAGUCAACCUCAACCUGAGAGACCGGACAGAGGAGAACUCAGAUCCUUAUCGUCAUUUUUGACUUCAGCAUGCCCAUGAUGCCCAACCUGUGAAGGUCCCUCACUAUCCAAAAACUUCUCCUCUGCUCCAGUUGUGCCAGCAGACGAUCCGUGGACCUAUUUUAUUUUCCCUGCUAGGAGUUGCUGUGCAUAAAACUGGCGCGAUGUCCCUGCUUUUCCCCCGGUGCAACUCCAUCAUCACAGUCAAGAAGGACAAGAGACACAUGGCUGAGGUGAAUGCUUCCCCACUCAAGCACUUCGUCACUGCCAAGAAGAAGAUCAAUGGCAUUUUUGAGCAACUUGGGGCCUACAUCCAGGAGAGCGCCACCUUCCUUGAAGACACCUACAGGAAUGCGGAACUGGACCCAGUUACGACAGAAGAACAGGUUCUGGACGUCAAAGGCUACCUGUCCAAAGUGAGGGGCAUCAGUGAGGUGCUGGCCAGGCGGCACAUGAAAGUGGCUUUUUUUGGCCGGACGAGCAACGGGAAGAGCACCGUGAUCAAUGCCAUGCUCUGGGACAAAGUUCUGCCCUCCGGGAUCGGCCACACCACCAAUUGCUUCCUGCGGGUCGAAGGCACAGAUGGUCAUGAGGCCUUCCUCCUCACAGAGGGCUCGGAGGAGAAGCGGAGUGUCAAGACUGUGAACCAGCUGGCCCAUGCCCUUCACCAGGACGAGCAGCUGCACGCUGGCAGCCUGGUGAGUGUGAUGUGGCCCAACUCCAAGUGCCCGCUUCUGAAGGAUGACCUUGUGCUCAUGGACAGCCCUGGUAUCGAUGUCACCACGGAGCUGGACAGCUGGAUUGACAAGUUUUGCCUGGACGCCGAUGUGUUCGUGCUGGUGGCCAACUCAGAGUCCACCCUGAUGCAGACGGAGAAGCAGUUCUUCCACAAGGUGAGUGAGCGCCUGUCCCGCCCAAACAUCUUCAUCCUCAACAACCGCUGGGACGCGUCUGCUUCGGAGCCUGAAUACAUGGAAGAGGUGCGGCGGCAGCACAUGGAACGUUGUACCAGCUUCCUGGUGGACGAGCUGGGUGUGGUGGACCGAGGCCAGGCCGGAGACCGCAUCUUCUUUGUGUCUGCCAAGGAGGUGCUCAACGCCAGGAUCCAGAAGGCCCAGGGCAUGCCCGAAGGAGGGGGCGCUCUUGCAGAAGGCUUCCAAGUGAGGAUGUUUGAGUUUCAGAAUUUUGAAAGGAGAUUUGAGGAGUGCAUCUCCCAGUCGGCAGUGAAGACCAAAUUCGAGCAGCACACAGUCCGGGCCAAGCAGAUUGCGGAGGCGGUGCGUCUCAUCAUGGAUUCCCUGCACAUAGCGGCACAGGAGCAGCGGGUUUACUGCCUGGAAAUGCGGGAAGAGCGGCAAGAGCGGCUGAGGUUCAUUGACAAGCAGCUGGAACUCCUGGCUCAGGACUACAAGCUGCGGAUUAAGCAGAUCACGGAGGAGGUGGAGAGGCAGGUGUCCACUGCGAUGGCGGAAGAGAUCAGGCGCCUGUCCGUGCUGGUGGACGACUACCAGAUGGACUUCCACCCCUCCCCAGUGGUCCUCAAGGUCUACAAGAACGAACUGCACCGCCAUAUAGAGGAGGGACUGGGCCGGAAUAUGUCCGACCGCUGCUCCACGGCCAUUAGCAGCUCCCUGCAAGCCAUGCAGCAGGACAUGAUAGAUGGUUUGAAACCCCUCCUUCCUGCGUCCGUGCGCAGUCAGAUAGACAUGCUGGUCCCUCGGCAGUGCUUCUCCCUCAGCUACGACCUGAACUGUGACAAGCUGUGUGCUGACUUUCAGGAGGACAUCGAGUUCCACUUUUCUCUCGGGUGGACCAUGCUGGUGAAUAGGUUCCUGGGUCCCAAGAACAGCCGCCGGGCCUUGAUGGGCUACAAUGACCAGGUGCAGCGCCCCAUCCCUUUGACGCCAGCCAACCCCACCAUGCCCCCGCUGCCGCAGGGCUCCCUCACCCAAGAAGAGCUCAUGGUUUCCAUGGUCACCGGCCUGGCAUCCCUGACGUCUAGGACCUCCAUGGGCAUUCUCGUUGUUGGAGGCGUGGUGUGGAAGGCGGUGGGCUGGCGGCUCAUCGCCCUCUCCUUUGGGCUCUAUGGCCUCCUGUAUGUCUACGAGCGUCUCACCUGGACCACCAAGGCCAAGGAGAGGGCGUUCAAGCGCCAGUUUGUUGAGUAUGCCAGCGAGAAGCUACAGCUCAUCAUCAGCUACACUGGCUCCAACUGCAGUCACCAAGUCCAGCAGGAACUGUCUGGGACCUUUGCUCAUCUGUGCCAGCAAGUCGACGUCACCCGGGAGAACCUGGAGCAGGAAAUUGCUGCCAUGAACAAGAAAAUUGAGGUUCUCGAUUCACUCCAGAGCAAAGCAAAACUGCUCAGGAACAAAGCUGGUUGGCUGGACAGCGAGCUCAACAUGUUCACGCACCAGUACCUGCAGCCCAGCAGAUAGUGGGCAGCCGAGAGCCAGAGCCGCGUGGAGAGGGCGGCACCGCCAGCACUGUGGGCUCCUAGCAGCCCUCGCGCAGUUCCUGCCCGUUGCUGCCGCCCCGAGAACGAGAGCACCCCCCCGUCUCAUACCUCUCAUACCGUUUUGAGCCCUUAAUUGCUAGGUUUUCCCCCUUCGCCUGCUGUUGCAGGAAGACCUGGCUUGUGCCCCUAGAGGAGACUUGUAACGAUGACCGUGGACAGCAUGGUACAGGGAGUCAAGUGUCUUUGUCAGGUGCGCUGGUGGAGACUCCCACGAGUGCUUGACAGGGUCUGGGAACUGCCCACACCGCAGAAUGCCUGCUUGCUGUCACGCAGGCCCCCUCCUCUGGCCGACACUACCGCCCACCCCAGCACCCCCGCCUGCCGCACACCCCAGCACACGCAGAGCAAGGCCGCCUUGGGGGGGUUGAGUUCUUCCCAGGUUGCAUAGGAACAAGUUCCAGAAAGGCUGAGUCCAUCGCAGGAGGGCUGUUGCCUGUGUGUCAGCCUGGCCCUUCCGCUUGCACGCUUCGCUCUGUCGGCAGAACAUUGCAGACGCGUCCUGGAGGUGGGGCCGUGGGGGUUGUAGGCGGAGGCAGCCUCGUGCAUGCGGUGGGGCGGGUGAUGCAGAGGUGCUGAGGUGACUGGCUGCAGGGUGGGGCCGCGUGGAGAGAGUCGCCGCUGGUAGCGCUGCGCGGGGCUCGGCUUCCCUCUCUCACCGCAUCCCUUGUUCCGGUCUCGCUCCUUAGCCGGUGUCGUCUGGUUUUAUUGUUGGUCAGAGAUGGUUUGGUUCAAGGACGUUCAAGGAUGUAGCAGAAGGAAGGAUGGUAGAGGGAGGUGGGGGUGGGGCUCGCCCAGGACAGGGUGGGGGGAUGUGGGGGGGUGGGGGGUGGAAUGUGGAGUCCAUGGGGAACAGGGAGGGCUCGCCCCUGCCGCCCUUGGCCACCAGUCCUCUGGGCUGAGCCUCCUGUGCCUCGGCGGCUGCAGCUGGUGGGGGACAGCAUGGGAGAGCCAGCCGCCAUCCCCCAGCCCUCCCCACCUCCCCGCCCCCCAGAGCUCUAACUGACCCCCAUCUGGCCUCGUGUUGACUUUGAGAAAUGUUUCCUGUUGAGUUUGGGAUUGUUACUGGUUGGAGUGGGGGCAGGUUCCUUUCUCCACGGUGUUAACUGGGGCAAGCAGCCUUUGCAGUUCAGGUCAGAGAACUUCCUAGAAACCAGCAGGUCCUCUCUCCCAGAAAGAGGUGGGGCUCGUCCUCUUGAAUCCCCCCCGCCCGCCAGCUUCCAGGAAAUGGGUUGGUGGCCUCUGCUCUCCGCCGGUGGCCACGCAGGUGGCAUCCUCUCCAGGUGCCCGCUUGUCUCAGCUCUUGAGUGCACCUGCUGUGUGGGACACGUGCUGGACUCUCUCGAGACCGCCACACGGCAGGGGGACGCUGGGAGCUUUUUGCCAGGCCCAGGUGGUGGUCACUUCAGUGUCAGGAAAAAUCAGGGUCACACAAUCCAGUGAAUUUUGUGCUUUUUUGGGGGGGAAGAAAUUACUUAAAAACUAAACAUGAAUUUUUUUGAAUGUAGCCCCUGGGCAAUAAACGGAAUUUUGAGUUUCUUACACAGUAAGUAGGAUGAAAUGUUCCCCACUGAGGACAAGACUCCGGCAGAAGUGUGGCAAAAAGCACUUUAAUUUAAUGCUGCUAACUUUGUGUUUAUGUUCCUUUGCUGGAGUGUGAGACCUGCUCGACACAGUGAGUUUCUUGUCUGAUGUACUUAAGGUGACAUACUUGCCUGAGUUACUCCUGUAUCAUUGCUGAUAAUAUUGGAACUAAAAUAAAACCUAGUUGGAAACACUU